AAAGAUAAUUGUAUUUAUAGAGCUGAGCUGAGGCUGUGGAAGACGAGCUGGUUCCCCAGCUGCUUUCUGUCAUCGACCUCUCACUUGUUUUCUUUUUUUCUCUCUCGCAUCUUUCGAGGCAGCCGAAUUCUCAACACGAAGCGCUGGUCGCUCACCCCAACUUCUCGAACCAAUGGCCUUCAACUUCAACUGGCUCUCCAACGAAAAGUCCAGAAUGAAUGAAGAACCCCCCAACUACGCCGAAGCUACUGCCUCGGCAAACCCCUCCCCCUCCCCGUCUCCCUUCACCACACAAACCGGAAACCCGUCAACAACAAACAAUGCCUCCGCCGCUGCGGACGCACGCGCGCCCCUAAAAGGCCACGAUACAAAAUACGCCAUGUUGUCCAUCGCCGGCUCCGACCGAAUCCGGCUCCUCCGCUUCCCCGAGCCCAUGACGGCGCUCGUCUCGGAAAUCGUGCAGGGGCUGUGGCCAAAGGGGAUACAGAAGGUGCAGAAAUUCGACGAGAGUCUGGAGUUAAAGCUCAAGGGGAACCCAUUCGCGUACGGGGUGGAUGAGGAGAAGGUUGCGAUCCGGAUUACGCUCAUGGGGAUUCUGAAUGCGUUUUCGAAGGAGGGGUGGGUUGUGCCCAGGUCUGGGGGGAGGAUUGGGCGGUUGGGGAAUUAUGGGAAUUAUGGGCAGAAGGACAGCCUCAUCUUCCAACACGCCGAACCCCGCGCAUAUUCCUGGCUCAGCAUCUCCUUCGACUCCGCCGACCUCCUGCACCUAAUAAACGCACCCACCGAACUCGCCAGCGCGCUCAUCUUCUUCUUCGGCGAGCGCAUCGAGCGCUGCAACAAGGAUUUCGUGUCCGGGAACUUUGAGCUCAAAUUCACAGGCUCCCCCUGGAAUAAAUCGAGCGGGAAGGGGAGCGUGCAGAGCCGGAUUCUUAUUCUGGAUUUGAUGCAGUGUCUGGAGGAGCAGGGGUAUACGAUGGCGACGAGUUUGGAUAUUGAUAAUGGGUCUGGGGGGAAUACAUAUCAGAGUUAUGGGGAGUUGUGGUUUUGGUAUCGGUGAUGGGUUGCGAUGCAGAUGGGUCAACUGGGGGUGGUGGAUGGAUGAAAAUGUCGUUUGUCUCAUGAUUCGUUAUGUAUAUUGUUGUUCAAGAUACCUAUAUAUGAUAAUUACGCCAUUGAUGCCAUAUCAUUAUCAUUCUCCCAUCCCAAACCACGAGCUACAUCUCUCCAUCACGCCCACCAGAGUCCGGAACUCGACCGAUCUAGAGCAACCCCUUCUUCCCCCGAACCUUCCACAACAAAAACCAAAGUCCGAGCAACUGCACCGCCCCCGAAAGCAUCAAGAUCCCACACCAAAGCUGCACAUUCACAAACUGCAAAUCGUCGCUUCCGUUGGCCCCCAAAUCCGCCAGCGCCCCUGCAAUCGGCGCUCCGAUUAGUGUCGCGAAGCUCGUUAUGCUCUGCGCCAUUCCGAGCCAUGUUCCUAGCGCUGUCGGGUCAGGGCAGAUGUGCGGGAAGACGCUCGGAGGGAGGGGGACGAGGGCGCCAGAUAUGGCGCCUGUAUGCAGUCAGUAUUUCUCUUAUGAAAGGGGUGGGAGAGAGUAUUUUGGAGACAGGGAGAGGCGCGUACCAUAAAACGCCGAAAACAGAAUAAACCUCGCCAAGCUCUCCGCACUAAUCCAUGCAAUACACAACACCCCCGAAGCUACCCCACAGAAGAUCCAGGGGAUCAUGGCCCCGAAAUAGUGCGCGACAGCGGUGGUGAUGACCCGCCCGACGAUCGACGACGCCUGGGAGAUGAUGAGGAUGUACAAGCCCAGCGAGCGCGACGUGCCGAGUUUCGUUUCCGCGUAGAUGGGCAUGUAGUAGAAGGGGGUCAUGUAGCCGAGGUACAGGAAGAAGUUUGCGACGGUGAAGUUCCAGAAGGGGAGGUCUUUGAGGGCGCGCAUGUCGAAGAGGCGGCGGGUCCGCGACUGUGUCUGCGCCUGCGUGGAGGGGAACUGGCCGGUAUUCUCGGCCUUCCAGAGGAG